AUUGAACCAAAAAACUAGUUUUAUUCAUGUUUCUACUAAAAGCUUUAAAUUUUCCAUCGAAGAGUUAACAGUAGAGAUUCGAUUCAAWUUUUUUUGUCUCAUGCAGGAUUACGUGGGUUCAAUUCAUCACUGAAACAGCUGUUUGUCGAAAUCGAGCUGUGCGCAUUUUAAACGAGAUUUCAUCUUGUAAUUUUUCUYUCYCUUCCUUAAAACUUCAUUUCCGAGUAUCUUUAUGAGCCACGUGUUACAGAUAUUACUUCUUCCUGUUUUGAAGUGUAAAUUUUAAUUCAGUAAUCCAGUCGCUUGUGCUAAUUUUUGGUUUGAUAAGAUAUUGUACUAAAUUAUCUAUGCAUAUACCUUGGCUUAGGCUUUGGGGUGUAAUUGCACAACUCCGAAACCUAUUUACUAGUUAAUGAAUUAUAUACGGCUACCACAAGAGAUGCGAAAGCGGAUGAGAAAAUCUCAAAUGAUAUGAGUGGGCAGKUUGGAGACUUGAGUUCUAGCCAGCAACUUGCCUUGGAUCAGUUUAAAGAGAAUAUUUCUGACCUUCUUCAACCUCACCAUGAUGAUUACUUCUUAYURCGAUGGCUGAGAGCUAGAAAUUUUAACCUGGAAAAAACAGAAUUUAUGAUAAGGGAGAGUUUUAAAGUUAGAGAAAGUCUUGAGUUGGAUACAAUAGUAGACACAUACAAUAUACCAGAGGUUUUDCAGAAAUACUAUCCAGGAGGAUUUUUUGGAUAUGACAGAGAAGGAGUUCCUGUUUUUAUUGAUCCUGUUGGACAAAUUGACUUUAAAGGUCUACUAGCAUCUGUAAGAAAGGAAGAGGUUAUCAAGUUUAAAGCUUACACUGGAGAAUAUGGUUUAUAUCUUGCACAUGAACAAACUAAAAAGACUGGAAGAAGAAUUGAACAGUUGGUAAUUGUGAUGGAUGUAGAAGGACUUGGAAUGAAACACCUUUGGAAACCUGGUGUUAUGACAUUUAACGAUGUUGCAACCUUUUAUGAAGAUAACUUUCCAGAGGUUAUGAAGAGYAUAUUUGUUAUAAAAGCUCCCAAGCUGUUUCCUGUAGCAUAUGCAUUGGUGAAACCAUUCCUCAGCGAGGAAACAAAAAAUAAAGUGCGAAUUCUAGGAGACGACUGGAAGCGAGAAUUACAGGAAUACAUCUCAGCCGAUAAUCUUCCUGUCYAUUAUGGCGGAACCUGUACAGAUGCCGACGGCAACCCACGCUGUCUAUCAAGAAUUUGCUAUGGUGGGGAAGUACCCGAAMACUACUUCAUGUCACAAGUUGGGUCAAAAAUGUCUCAAUGUUAUCAGAAUGGAAUUGUUAAACGGGGCGGCACAUUUAAACUACAGUAUGAUGUGGAAAUUCCUGGAAGCGUAAUAAGCUGGGAGUUCAAAUCAGAGGAUCAUGACAUUGGUUUCGGAGUUUACUUUUCUGGGAAAACAGAAGAAAAGUACAGACGGAGAGAAAUGACUGAACUGGUCCCAACUCGACGUCUUGACUGUCAUCUCUUUCCUGAGCAAGGUUCAUUCACGUGUGAAAAACGAGGAACUUAUAUACUUCGAUUUGACAACACUUAUAGUUGGACACGRAACAAAAAGAUUAUGUUUUAUUCUGAACUAAUGGAACCCGAAUCGCAAGAUCUCUCGACGAAUGAUGAAAAUGGURCAACACAACCUCCGUCAGAACCUGACCUACUUCCAAUUGAUUAAUUUAUAUUCUAAAAAGGGUUUUUAGCGCGCGCUCGGAUUCGCUUGGCGCUCAAAAAGACUUUAUAGUUAGUAAAUGUUGCGAGUCUUUGUACUGAAAGAAAUUUUAUAGCUUUUGAUGUUKAAAUUUCACAUUUCUUAUUCACAGCUAGCUGACUGGCAAUCAAUUUCAAURUUUAUAUAGGUAACAGUGCUAUUAAAAGUGCAAGCACUAGAACAAUGAAAAACCUUUGUAAUCAAAUAGUGCUAAAUUGUACCGAAUUAUUCGCUUUUUGACACUAUUUAAUUUGGUGAGCGUUUUUUCGCCUUUUUAGUAUUUGCAUUCAAGUACUCAUGUUAUGACGUAUUUUAACUGUUUUAAAAGGUAAGAAAUCGUUUCAAAUGUCUACAAAUUCAUACAAUUUUGACAAGGCGAAUUUUGCAUGAAAAUCAAAUGCCUGACUUGAAAGAUAAAACUUAUUUAACAAUGUGAGAACGAGAAAGAUUCAGUUUUCAUAAGGUACAUUAUUGUCCGUAUAUUCUUCACCUAAACAUUCAUAAAAUAUUUCUUCUACUCGGGGUUAUUUCAGAAGAAAAAGGCACUUUUCAGAAAAAAACACUAUCUCUAUACAGCCAUUUUAUAGAAAAAUGAGCUGUGAGACCGUGUAAAAAGAAAACCUUUAUUUUUUUUCUUUAUUUGAUACAAUAAUUUAUGUUUUUUCUUAAUUUAUUUAUUAAUAAUUUAUCAGUAAAAUAAUAUAUUAUAAAUAGAUUUAGCAUUAAUUUA